AUGGAGUCGCAACCCGAGGCUGCCUCUGGCAGUCGGAAAGCGCCCGGCGACGUGUGGAGCCUCAUCUUCCGCCAUCUCCAGAGACCCUUUCCCAAGCCCCUCUCGAGCCCGCCGAGGUCUGCCCUCCAACAGCCAGAUCUGGUAGCAGUCUCGAGGACGUGCAAGCUUUUCGCAUCACUAUGCGAGCCGCUCCUGUACUCCCGGAUCUACACGGAUCAACUCCCCCUUCUCCUCCACGAGGCACGCAGACCCGCGAUGUAUCGGCGAUUCGCGAAGACUAAAAGCCUGUACAUCGAGUACUGCCCAAAGGGUCUCGAUACCAGUUACCAAAAGCUAGUGGAGACGGGGAAGGGAUGGCUGAAGGUGGGGAUGGACGCAAAGCAGGUGGAAAAGGUCGAGAUGGAGGAAUGCGAGACGGAGGCACAGGCAAUCCUCGCCGUCCUAUCUCCCAUCAGCCGGAUGGGUGUCGGGCGGAUCUUCCCUCGGCUCGAAACGAUCGCCGUCGCGUCCGUCUAUGGCCGGGAACCGGACCUCUGGCAUCGCUACGCGUACGGCCGGGAGACCGUCACGGCUGGUAUGUACGGGAUGGUCCAGUUCAAUACAUUCAUCGCGGCCGGUAAACUUCGGCACGUAGGCCUUCGAAACUCGGAAGGGCCACUGUCAAUCUCUCCUAUCCUCAACGAGUCGGAACGGGACCCAAUGAGCGUCAAUUUCGGGCUCACGUGCCACUUUUCGGCGGCGGUCCAUCAGCUCGUCAUCGUGUGCGGCAGACCCAUGGUCUGGGCGUGCGACGCCCCAACCACGACGCCGUGGGUGGACGUACUCGGGGCGUUGGGGAAGCAAGUUCUGAGUACGGCUAGUAGUCGGCAGGAGAGUAGGGAGAGGCAUGGGUUCUGCCCGGAUACUGCCGAUAUCGACCUUUACUGCUCGACGGCGACCUAUCCCUCUCAGACUGCCAAUCCCAUCGCUCGGCAGUGGGCCUCGCAGCUCACCGGCGGCGGAUCCAAGAAGACCGCUCUCACGGUGGCGGAGCAACGGCGGAUGACGGAUAAGAUGAGUCAGGCGAUCACCAAGACGUUCAAGGAGGAAAGCCGGCUGGCGGACAGCAUUCGGUGUCAUCCCUCGGUCGACACUCCUAUCUGUCCCGCAUGCGGGAUGGGGCCUCCGGAGUAG